UUUCGCAUAUGCAUUGUAGUCAUUUGCAUUCAACAGCGAUAUCACUGCCGUUGGGCGUGAGUUCUGACGGGCUAAAAGCUACCUACUCCCAGUGUAACGUUACGUAACUCGUGCGUAUCGCCCCGCUUCUGAUCCUACAGGAAUUGUCCCGGGACUGUGAGAAGGUAGUUCAAGUUGAAGAAUCUCCGAGAUUUCAAUUUGCAGCCCAAAAUGGCGGAGGACAUCAAAACUUUCCAAGGCGGUUUCGCCGUUGGUUUUGUUGUAUCCUUAGUGUUGUGUUUCGUGUACUUGGGAAUUUUGUCGGCUGAGCAGCAACGACCGCUAGUGGUUCCCGUGGAGACAUACAAGUUCAAAGCGCCGAAGGUAACAGAGAAAGGCGGCCCUGCGGCAUCGCUGAUCCUCAAGUACGGCGUACCAGACAGAGGUCCACUGACCCUCAACUAUGAGAACCACAUCGUCGGGUACGAUCAGGCCAAAAAAAUACCGAUCUGGGUUGCUGAGUUUAUUACCAAGGAUCACGUUCAAGGUGACGGCGACAGGGACAAGUGCAGCUUUAAACCGGACAGGGACAAAGUGGACAACAUGUUCUCAUCCACCCUGGACGACUACAGCAAAAGUGGUUACGACAGAGGUCACAUGUCACCAGCAGCCAAUCACAAACACAGUCAGGACGCCAUGUGCGACUCGUUCUUUUUGACCAACGUCGUCCCUCAAAACAGCCAGCACAACCGGCGCUACUGGCGUGAUGUCGAGGCGUACUGCCGGGACUUGACCAAGAUGUACGAGGAGGUGCGAGUCAUCACGGGCACGCUGCUCCUGCCUGACACGGCACAGGGGGCGACACAGGGGAGUCGCUUUGUCAAAUACGAGGUAAUCGGUGAAAGCAACGUGACUGUACCGACUCACCUUUACAAAAUCAUCAUUGUUGAGAAUGCGACAGAAACCGCCAAAACCACACUCUUCGCUGCUGCGUUUCUGCUUCCAAACGAGAAAGUGGAUUCAAAUAUUCCACUAAUUACAUUCAAGGUCCCGUUGUCGCAACUGGAAUCAGCGGCCGGUCUCCGGUUCUUUCCGAGGCUCGCCGACGCACCGGUGGGGGAUCUAUGCUCCAUUGACCCGUGCAAGCUGAGGGGAGAGAUGGCGGGGUACUCCACCAUGGGGAGGCUCCCGUCUGGCUUCUUGCUGAUUAUUGUUGUUUCUGUCUUAGUGUUUCUUCUGUUUAAGUGGAAGGAACAAGUUGAAAAGGCCAAUAAGAAAUAGGAAGAUAAGAGGAACCUUCAAAAUACAUGAUAAAUCAAACUUUUUGUAAAGACGAAAGUCCUUGUGUUUGCUAAAACUUCAUAGGACUCCUUUCUAAUUAUUUACUAAGUGCUUAAUUUUAAAACUUGACUGAUCAUUAAACAACGCCUGGCGUAUGAGACCAAUUUCCUUUUAAAGUUCACAAUAUAGGCCUACACGCUAGUGGUAUCAUUAUUAUUUCAAAAAUGCGGUCAUACUAUCGUGAACGAAAGUCCACUGCAAUGGCAGCCCAAUUAUGGCUUAAUUAGUUGCAAUAGCGUUCAGUGCCAUGCAGUGACGAUCCAGUAGCGUACUAAGGGUUUUUCUACUUUGCAAUAAUAAGGCAAGCAUCUAUAUAUAGGAUGCAGGCUCAUACGAUCGAGGAAAAUGCUCAAAGACUCGAAGCGAGGUAUCUUUGGCGGCGUUUUUCAAAACAUUUUACAUACAGUAAUUAUGACUUGCUGUAUACUACCUUUUGAACUCAGCAUAUCAUAGUGAAAGACUACUGUAGUUACUAAAGAGUCGAGUAAGUGUACUGCAAUAAAAUAUCACCACUUCUAAAAAAAACGCCAUUCAAACUACUUAUGCUACACAUCGUGAAAACU